CUGGAGGAAAUUUACAAACUUAACUAGCAGCAGCAGCAGUCCUGUCUGUCUCAUGAUGGGACACUUCUAACUCAGCUUUCUAUACAUUUGUGAUGGUUUUAAAUGUUUCAUUAUGUCAGAAAUGCUACUAAAAGAGAUGGAUGACAUUUCUCUCGAGCCUGCUAAGGUGGAGGAGGAGCCGGAAAACGGACGAAGUUUCCUUCUGGUGGACGAAAACGAAAACUUGAAGGUAAACGACGAAGCCCAUUUUUUGCAGCGUUUGGGCUGCAGUGCCGCUCAAGGAGUCAAAGUUGUUUCCAUCUUCGGCAACACGGGUGAUGGCAAGUCCCACACGCUCAAUCACGUUCUUUUCGAAGGCGAGGAGGUGUUUGCUACGUCUCCUUCCCCAACCUCCUGCACAGUGGGGGUAUGGGCCGCUUACGAUCCUCACCUAAACUUGAUAGUGCUGGAUACGGAGGGGCUGCUCGGUGCCACCAACCAGCAAAACCGGAGGAUGCGUCUGCUGCUGAAGGUUCUGGCCGUGUCAGAUGUGGCCAUUUACCGCACACGAGCCGAGAGGCUGCACAACGACUUGUUUCAGUUCCUCGGCAGCGCGUCGGCCGCUUACCUGAAGUACUUUACUCCUGAGCUCAAGACGCUUUCCAACCGCUGUGGUCUAAAUGUGCCUCUGUCCAGCCUUGGGCCCGCUGUAAUUGUUUUUCAGGAGACCUCUCGCACUCAGCUGUUGGGUCAGGAUAGUUCUGUCCCGGUGCAAGCAGACACACUUCUUCAAAAGCGUUUUCAUGAUCUGGGCCAGAGCACAGAAGCCUUCAACUCAGUUCAGUAUGUUGGGACUCAGACUAUCACUCCACCUACAGACUACUCACAGUUAAUGAAGAUAGUCAACGACCAGGUGAACAACACAGCCACACGAGCUCCACGACAGCCUGCCAUCGUGUUCAGUGCACUGAAGGCAUUGAGUGACAGGUUCUGUGGAGAGAUCUCGGAUGAGAAAAUCAACAUAUGCUCCUUCUUUCCUGACGAAUAUUUCACGUGUCCGUCAGCCUGUCUCAGCUGCAACGUUCGGUGUAAGAAUGGCAUGAACCACCAGAAAGAUGGCAUCCCUCACAUGGCUGAUGGACUGUGCCAGUAUGCCCACCAAUACAACAAUAAAGUUCUCAUCUGCAAGAGGUGCUAUGAGGGUGGACGGGAAGUGAUCGUUGUGCCCAAAACAUCUGCCUCGACCGAAAACCAAUGGCUUGGUCUGGCCAAGUAUGCAUGGUCUGGAUAUGUUUUGGAGUGUGCCAGCUGUGGCAUCAUCUACCAGCAGUACUGGAUAGGCAACCAGGACCCAGAGAGCAGUGUGGUGCGGCCGGAGGUUAAGCAUGUGUGGCAGGGGACUGACACUUUCCAGACGGACCAUCAGAAUGCAGCUCAGAGGGUUUUAGAUGGUGUGAAUUUUAUCAUCCAGUCAGUGACUGAAUACAGUUCAGGACCAACCAAAGCUGUAACUGCCUGGCUCACAGAUCAGGUGGCUCCACCCUACUGGAAACCCAACGCUGAAAUCAUUAAAUGUAAUGGCUGCAAUAGAAAGUUUGAGGAAGCAGAAAGGAAACAUCACUGUCGGGCGUGUGGUGAGGGUUUCUGUCAGGCCUGCUCUACACACAGUAUGCCCGUGCCUGAGAAGGGCUGGGGUGGGACCCCUGUAAGAGUUUGUGAUGCCUGUUAUAGACAAGGAGGAGCGCCACCUGCUGGACAGGUGGCCCAGAUUGAACCCCGGUCCCUAGUCGCCCGUAGAGUGACAGAAGUUGCUCAGUCCACGCUUGAUAUGGUCUCCACCGCUGUGGAUUACCCUCUGUGUUUUGUAAAGGGCGUGGCUAGGCCAGAAUAUUGGGUCCCGGACCAUGAGAUCACUCAGUGCCACUGCUGCAGUAAGACCUUCACCCCCAGCAUGUCAAAGCAUCACUGCAGGGCAUGCGGGCAGGGAGUUUGCAGCAAGUGCUCCUCUAAGACCAGGCCUGUGCCCUCUCACGGCUGGGACCACCCGGUGCGGGUCUGUGAUGGCUGUGCCGAAAGCAGAGAUUCCUUAUGACUCCUCUGUCCGCUGGAGACCAACCUCCACUUUGAAAUGUCUCUAAACAGGAACUCACAUAAAAUAUGGCCCUUUAUUUACAGUUCUGUCUUUAUACUUGGGGUUCACCGGUUUGUGUUUCCAAGCCUGAAAGUCUGUUUGGAGGCAACCACUAUAAACUCUCAGGCAUUUUAUUAGGCUUUUUCAGAAUUAAAAUCAGAGAAAGAAAUUCAGAAAGAAGAUUAAUGCGUUUUGGUGGAUUUGGACACUAUAGUUUAGUACUGGCGCUGAGUAAUAAGUCACUUAUGUGCAUUACUGUAUAUAAAAACUGUGUUUAUUAAACACUUUAAUUUUUUUAAUUCCAAGGAUAAGAUUUAUCCUUUGUUAACUAAACUGGCAAGUCAGAAUAAAGAGUAAAUAUUAAAGUUUAACCAGAAAAUAAAAAAUUCUGUCAUGAUUUACUCACCCUCAUGUUACUCCACUAGAGGUCGAUGUUGUUUACAUGAAGCCUAUGGGCUUGAUGGCUGCAGCAGCAGGUAGUUUUUUUUUUUGUUGUAAUGAAAUUUUGCUUCUCUCACAAAGUAUCCAAUAAUAUUAUCAGAUUUAAAAUACAGCACACAAGUCAUGGUCUCAAAUUGUAAUUUUAUUAAGGUAUUUUUAUCAUAAAAUUUUCUAUAGCUCACACCCCUAUUCACAUUCCCAAUAGUACCUUGUAUUGGUGAAUUAUGACAGAAUUCAAUGUUUUUGUGUAAACUAACUAUUUAGCAUAUCUUAUACAAUUUAACAUGGGUAGAUACUUUAAAGAUUAACAUCUCAUAUUAUUAUAACAAAAUUGCUCUCAGUUGCUGCAGAUUUAUACUUCAUUUCAGGAACAGAAAUAACUUUAGUGAUUUUUUUCGAUUUAAUGUAAUUGCAUUGAGUUUGGAAAUCACAUUCCAGUUACAUUACAGUUAUGUGUUGAAUCCUGUGAGCUUAUAUCUCUGUGUUUUUCAUUCUCAUCAUGUAAUAUUUCAGUACUGAUAACUUUAAUUUGACUGCACUUUAUCUUAUCUUUACUCUUGUGGUCAGUUAUUUCUCUUUAGUUGAGAGAGCCACGUAAUUGUAUUACAAAAAUAUGCAAACUGUACAUUUAAUGCUGUGUAUAAAUAUGUAUAACAGAACAUUUUAUCAUUCAGCUGUGCCUAAGAGAUCUCAGCCACUAUCUGACAUGUCAACUUUGCAUUAUUUCAUAAUGUGGGUGUGCGGGUGUUUACUGAACAUGAUACAAACUAAAUGCUGAUGGCUGAAUCAAGCCAUCACAACAGGAUUAUUGUUCAAUUGCUCAUAAAAGGCACUUUAUUCAUUUUUGUAUGUUUUAUUUUGAUUGAAUGAGUUCAGUUUGAAUUUAGUUUUUUUUCUUUUAGCUUCUAUACUUUGUACUUUUAUGAAAUACAUCAUUUAGUCUUCUAUGAAGGGAUUUAACCAAAGCAGUAGAUUUAUUUGCAUUAAACCGAAUCUGCUUUUGACAAUCCUUGUAAUCUUGUUUUGAAUAGCCAAUACUAUUUCUCUGGCUUUUCAAAAUAUUAAAGCUUUUUAAAACAACCUA